AUGGAAGAACCUCAGCAAAAAGAGGACAGUAACGACGCCCAGUGCGAUGAUAUUGACCCACGGAUAGGCGAAGAGAGGUCAGAACUCCAGGCUAUAGAGGAGCUCAAGGAGGUGUAUAUGUCUGGUGAAGACGAUACCCAAGAAAGGUUAUUUAGGCUUAAACAAUAUCUUGAGUCAUCGCCAGCUUCUCAUUCUUCAAGGACUAUCACUGAUAAUCCACUCUUUCAACGUUUUGCUCCACAAGUUAAUCCGGUUAAAAUGCCAUUACCGUCUGAUAAUGAAUCUAAUUCUGACGAUUCAGUUCGAUCCUAUAGAACAAUGGCCCAGGAAAGGACAUUGAAAGAGUUGGUAACGCCAAAUCUUGACCAACAAAUGCUUUGCAUCCAGUAUCCACCGUUGGAUGUAAACUUUGAGCUGAAGUCGGGCCUCAUCCACUUAUUUCCUUCUUUCCAUGGGCUGCCUGGUGAGGACUCGAAUAAACAUUUGAAGGAGUUUCAUAUUGUCUGUUCUAGUAUGAAACCUGCUUUAGUGACUGAAGAACAAAUUAAGCUGGGAGCUUUUCCUUUCUCCAUAAAGGAUGCAGCUAAAGAGUGGUUGUACUAUCUUCCACCUGGUACUGUUGAAACAUGGAAUGGUAUGAAGACUAUGUUCCUGGAACGAUAUUUUCUAGCAUCUAAAGUUGGAAGCAUCAGGAAAAAGAUCUGUGGUAUAAGGCAAUAUACAGGAGAGUCUUUGUAUGAAUAUUGGGAGAGAUUUAAGCGGUUGUGUGCUAGUUUCCCUCAUCAUCAAAUAAGUGAACAACUCCUCAUUCAAUACUUUUAUGAAGGAUUACAAUCCCUGGAUAGGAGUAUGAUUGAUGCAGCAGGUGGGGGUGCACUAGUUGAUAAGACUCAUGCUGCAGCCAGAAGCUUGAUUUCUAAUAUGCCUGCUAACUCACAACAGUUUGUGGUACAACAACUUGCUUUAGGCCAACAGGUGAGGCCAUGUGGAAUCUGUCAGGUUGUGGGGCAUGCUACUGAUACUUUCCCUACUCUAUUUAAGGGAGAGAGUGAGGGUGUUAAUGCUGUAGGAAAUUUCCCUGGUCAACUACGUCAGAUGUACUAUGAACCCUUUUCAAAAACUUAUAAUCCUGGCUGGCGUGAUCAUCCAAAUCUUCAUUAUGGGAAUCAACAACAACAGUCUCAACAGAAUUUUGUACCUAGACCAUCACAAGCACUGCAAGCUGCUCCACCACCAAGUGCCAAACCUUCCACUAAAGAUUUAAUCAAUGCAAUUGCGACAAAUAUGCUUCAGUUUCAGCAAACUACCCAAGCGUCCAUAAAAAGUUUGGAGAAUCAGGUGGGACAACUAGCGACAUCAUAUAACAAUUUGGAAGCUCAUCUGUCUAAUAAAUUUCCUUCACAACCUAUGAGGAAUCCCAAGGAGAAUGUAAGCGCGCUAACACUACAAAGUGGUAUACAAUAUGAGCCACUCACACAACCUUCAUCGCCAGCUCCAAUGCAAAAGCAAGUAGUAGACAACUCCAUCCAUGAUGAACCAUCAAUGCAGAACAAGUCACAUAAACCAACUAUGCCAACCUAUGUCCCUCGUCCGCCUUUUCCAAGCAGAUUGAAAAUGUUUAAGAAAGAGGAAGCUAACAAGGAAAUUCUUGUGACUUUUUGCAAAGUUGAGGUAAACAUUCCAUUACUUUAUGCAAUUAAAGAAGUGCCACGUUAUGCUAAAUUUUUGAAAGAGUUGUGCACUAAUAAGUGUAAGUUGAGGGGUAAUGAAAAAGUAAGUGUGGGGGAGAACGUCUCUGCUGUUCUCCAAAAGAUGUUGCCACCAAAAUGCAAGGAUCCUAGAACCUUUACAAUUCCUUGUAUGAUUGGGAAUAAAAGGAUUGAGCGGUGUAUAGUAGAUUUAGGGGCAUCGAUUAAUGUCAUGUCAUAUUCAUCAUAUGCUUCUUUAAAUCUUGGGCUCUUAAAGGAGGCAAGAGUUAUUGUUCAGCUGGCAGAUCGCACUAAUGUUUAUGCUUUAGGGGUAGUUGAAGAUGUGUUGGUAAAGGUUGAUGGACUUGUCUUUCCAGCAGAUUUCUAUAUACUUGAAAUGGGGGAUGCAUCAAUACCUAAUCUGACACCAGUUUUAUUUGGGAGGCCAUUCUUGAUGACAACAAAUACAAAGUUGGAUGUUAGAGCAGGAACACUGACAAUGGAAUUUGAUGGUGAAGUUAUCAAAUUCAAUGUGUUUGAUUCUCCUUAUAAGAUCAAAGGGAAGGAGACUUCAUUGAAAUACCCAACAUAA